GGGUGUGAACAUCAUGGGAAUGGCAACUUUCUGAUAAGUGACCAUCUUGGUGAUUGCCUGGGUGGGCGCUGUUAAAAUGUAUUGUGUACAGAGGAAUUUGCCAUUGGUCCAGAGAAGAGAUGUGUGUCAGGCGUGGACCGAACGAAGGUGAAAAUACUUGAACAAUCUCACGAGAAAAUAUGAGAUUUUCCUGAUUAUUGUUUACACUGUGAAAACAUGAGAACCGAACCGAAUCGAUCCGGAUUCAACUGAAACGCCUGCAACAGCACAACUUCCGAAACAGAUUUGGUUUCUUCCCUGCAGCGAGGAAAGCAACUGGAGCCGAACUUUGUUUUGAUCGAGCUGAAAGCCAGUACCCGUAAUUGAUCUCACCACUGGGGGAGAAAAAAAAUAUAGGGGUAACUAACGCUAGUUUAAAUACACCAUUUAGCUAUACCUGGUGAAAAACGCAGAAUCUCGAGGGUCGCCAUUGUGUGGAACGAGUAACCCGACAUCGGCACAGUAUGGUCCUCGACGGGAGAGAUGUGAUGGAGGUCCCCGCCUAAGGAACACAGGGCGGGCUCGGGUUACCCGGGGUUGUCGAGGCCUCCGAGGGAAUCAACCGUCGUCUACCUUGAGCUGCACCGCACACUCUCCCGUCUCGACCGUUAACAGUCCGCACGCGAGGGACGCGGCUGUGGAUGCGGCCUACUCACUCUGGGAGGGACUGCCGAGCACCGGAGAAACAACGGGGACGGUUUCGGGGUUAACAGGCCCCCGGAGGACUGAGACAAAUAUUGAAUAUCACCAUGAUGGAAGAACUGCAUAGCCUGGACCCCCGACGGCAAGAGCUUUUGGAGGCUCGAUUCACAGGGGUCGGCGUGGCUAAGGGCUCGGGUCAGAACCAAAAUGAGUCGUCCAACCAGAGUCUUUGCAGUGUAGGCUCGCUCAGUGACAAAGAGCUUGAGACUCCUGAGAAAAAAGCAAGCGACCAGAGGGUAAGAAAACGGAAAGCAGACCAUUUUGACAGCAGCCAAGGCAAGACGGGUGCAAGGGGACAUAAAAUUAGUGAUUAUUUUGAGUUUGCGGGAGGUAGCGGUCCUGGUACCAGCCCUGCCAGGGGAAUUCCACCAGUGGUCCGCUCUUCCCCACAACACUCGCUUUCCAACCCCCCUGUCACGGUGCAGCAGGGAAGCCCCUCUUCUAUAAGCUCGGCCAACACAGAGCACUCGACGUGUUCGCUGAAGCCUGCAUCUCUUCACAUGCUCCACAAAGCCACACAGUCUGACCUUACUGUAGAGAAACUAACAGCAAUGGAGAACAACAAGAACUCUGACCUGGAGAAGAAGGAGGGCCGAAUAGACGAUUUGCUGCGGGCAAACUGUGAUCUGAGGAGACAAAUUGAUGAACAGCAGAGGAUGCUGGAACGAUACAAGGAACGCUUAAAUAAGUGUGUGACCAUGUCCAAGAAGCUGCUGAUUGAAAAAUCCAAACAGGAGAAAAUGGCAUGCCGGGACAAAAGCAUGCAGGACAGGCUUCGACUUGGUCACUUUACCACAGUGAGACACGGAGCGUCUUUCACUGAGCAGUGGACUGAUGGAUAUGCCUUCCAAAAUCUUAUCAAGCAACAAGAAAGGAUCAAUUCUCAGCGAGAGGACAUUGAAAGACAGAGGAAGCUGCUGGCCAAACGCAAGCCGCCCUCCAUGGCCCAGACGCCACCUCCAAGCCUGGAGCAAAACAAACGCAAAAGCAAAACCAAUGGAACAGAAAGUGAAGCGUUAUCGCAGGCAGAGUACCACGAACAAGAGGAAAUAUUUAAGCUAAGACUAGGCCAUCUUAAGAAGGAGGAAGCAGAGAUCCAGGCAGAGCUGGAGAGGUUGGAACGAGUGCGAAACCUCCACAUUCGCGAGCUGAAAAGGAUCCACAAUGAGGAUAAUUCUCAAUUCAAAGAUCACCCUACGCUAAAUGACCGGUACCUGCUACUCUAUCUACUUGGACGGGGAGGUUUCAGUGAAGUUUACAAGGCCUUUGACCUAACAGAACAAAGGUAUGUUGCGGUCAAAAUCCACCAGUUGAACAAGAACUGGAGGGAUGAGAAGAAAGAAAAUUAUCACAAACAUGCAUGCAGAGAAUAUAGAAUCCAUAAAGAACUGGACCACCCACGAAUAGUUAAACUCUACGACUACUUUUCGCUUGACACCGACUCGUUCUGCACAGUCCUGGAAUACUGUGAGGGCAAUGACUUGGACUUCUACCUGAAGCAGCACAAGCUUAUGUCGGAGAAAGAGGGCCGCUCCAUCAUCAUGCAGAUUGUCAAUGCCCUGAAGUACCUCAAUGAGAUCCGACCGCCCAUUAUCCACUAUGACCUUAAACCUGGUAACAUCCUCUUAGUGAACGGCACUGCCUGUGGGGAGAUCAAGAUCACAGACUUUGGCCUGUCGAAGAUCAUGGAUGACGACAGCUACAACUCAGUGGACGGGAUGGAGCUGACAUCGCAGGGAGCAGGGACAUACUGGUACCUGCCCCCAGAGUGCUUUGUGGUUGGGAAGGAACCACCCAAAAUCUCCAACAAGGUGGAUGUGUGGUCUGUAGGAGUCAUUUUCUACCAGUGUCUGUAUGGUCGCAAGCCCUUUGGCCACAAUCAGUCCCAGCAGGACAUCCUGCAGGAGAACACCAUCCUGAAGGCAACAGAUGUGCAGUUUCCCCCGAAACCAGUAGUCACACCUGAAGCUAAGGCCUUUAUAAGGCGCUGUCUAGUCUACCGUAAGGAGGACCGCAUCGAUGUGCACCAGCUGGCCAGUGACCCCUUCCUCAUGCCCCACAUCCGCAAGUCGGUGGCCUCCUCGGGCACCUCGGGCAUGGCCGUGGCCUCCACAUCCAGUUCCUCCAACAGCAGCGCCUCAAACUGAGCCCACGCCCCCAUCAACUGAUUGACUGAUCCAUUUGAAAGAGUGGGGUGGGGUGGGGGCGACGCCAAUCUGUCCCUCCUCCCAACAGCAUCCCACCUUGCCAUGAAGAGAAAGAGAAACGGUUCAGACGACGACAAGGGGUGGGUGAGAAGUCAUGGACGGGUUGGGAAGGGAGACCCACGGCACCCUUCAUCCAUCUCAUGGCCACCCAUCCCUGUCCACCUUUCUCAAAAUGGUGGCAUUGUUCUGGGGGUCAAAGCCCUGGACGACUUGCACCGUGAGAGGUUUGGAACUGUGUUGGUGAAAAGUGGGUUUCAGUGUUUGGGUUUGUUCUUUUCUGCUUAGAAAAAGAGAAAAUAAAAAGAACUGUAGAGCUGCUUCAGCUUGGCCAGGUGGAAAGGACUGCGGUAGGCCUGGGACCCAAUACGCACUGGCACACCCAUGCAUGAGCCAUUCUGGUCCAAGGUAGUCUGAACUCCCCAAGCUCAAAUGUUUUGUUUGUUCUCAUCUCAAUGAACCUAAUUAAGAGAACCAGUCUGGCCAGUUAUUGUAUUUGAACCCAAAAUAUCUAUGGCACCAUGUCACCCAACCAACUCGCUGAUCUGGGAUCCCCUGCCCUGCUUAAAUUCCAGACCCGGAUAGUUUGUGACGAGGAGGUACAGAAGCUACUAUUCCCUUUACCCUCUCCCGUCUCCUCCUUAAACUCCCAUGACCAAAGCUUAUAACUUCCAGCUGGUGGCAGUGUUCCACCUCCAUUUUUUAUAACAACUGGUUUUAAAGUUACUUGAUAUGGAGAGGAAGCUGUUGAGAAAUUACCCUUUUUUACUUUUCAAUUUAAACAAUUUUAUGGAGAAAACUGUUGUUUUUCAAGUUGCCUUUAAUUAGUACUGUUAUUGUUUGAUUGACCCCCUACCAUAAACACAUAUUUAUUUAGCAAUGUUUGAAUUUAUUUUUGGCCAAUAAAAUGCAAGGGGCUGGUUUACGUAAUAGUACUGUUGGGGGAGAUUGGGCCUUAGCAGAGAGUUGCAUAAACCAUUAAAUACUAUUGGUUAAAAUGUG